UCCUUGGGCACCCCCGCCAACAGCUCCGCCAACUCCGACGGGUCUAUCGGCCGUGCCACAUCCACGGUGACGUCGUUCACCUCAUCCUGCAUCUCACCACUCCCGUCCAGGAUGGCGUGCAGGUCGCGCAGGUGUUCCCCAAAGACAUCGCGACACAACGCGUCAACCGCCUCGGGCUUGUUCCGCGGUCCCGUGCGCUGCAGCUGACGCCGCAGCGCGGCCAGCAGCUCCGCCUCCGCGUGAGCGUCUCUCGGAGGCCCCUCCUUUGGACGCCACACCAUCAUCCGGUCCCACUGCUCGAACCAGUCGUAGUUUUCGCCCUCCACCGUCGUCGUUUCCAACGUCAACAGCGUUCGCUCGCCGACCGUCUCCAGCUCUGUUUCAAACGCCGUCUUGGGCGCCAACACCAAAGCCGUCACCUCACCACCAGCGCUGCCCGUGCGCAUCGUAACCACCU